AUGUCCUCGCCUGACCAUGUCGACUUAACGGCAGUCGCUGACAAGCUAGAAAAAAGUUUUAUUGAGCCUUGGCUAGAAAUUCAAUCAGAUCAUCCAAGACUGCAAGCAGUGAACACCUGCUUAAGGAUACCCCCACCUCUACCAUCCAUUGGCCAAAUCAAAACCGUCCUAAAGCAUUCAAAUCCCAGGAAAGCCAAUGUUGCGGAUGAUAUCGCUGCAUU